AAGGGUAAACACUUCUAGCCUGGGACAUCUCUUACGUCUGUUUUGUUGACGUCUUGCACGUUCACUUGCGCCCUCUGUUUUCCCAGCAUGCAUCGCGGGGUCUGCAGUAUAUUAUUGACAAAGAAAAGGACCGGAGAGAAACAACAGGGUGGGAACUGAAGCUCGAACCCUGGUCAUAACACUCACGUUACACGAUCCCGUGCGUUAAUAACAAGGUAAAGUGUCGCUUCACAUUGCAGUUUAGAGUUUCGUAUUUUACAGUGCCUAAACGUUUGGUUAUGCUGGGGCUGCUAACAUCUGGGGUUGUCUUUCCCAGCUAAAGCUAACUAUCGUUAACGUUAUUUAGCGUUAGCGUUGCUGAACUGUGAUGUGUCAUAGCGAGCUAAUGUCGACAACUACGGGCUGCUCGGUAUUAUGAUAUACGAAUUGAGGUAAAACGAUUGAAAACAGUCCUAAAUUAUGAUUUCUGUGGGUUGUCUGUGUUACCCAUUACAUUGCAGUUUGUGGGUAGCUUAUAUCGUUGGCACACACAUCUUAAGUAAGAUAAUUAUACACUUGUUUGGAUUGUUCAAAUGUGAACAUUGAAUAUGUCAGACAGCUGGUAUGUAUGUAAAUGAGAAGUUGUCGGCUUCAGAAAUAGCGAAUUAAAGGUGGUUUUUAAUGGUUACAUAGAGAACAAAAGAUGUUGCGACAUCGAGAGGCUCCUCGAGCUCUGCUGUAACCAUGUAAACACAGAGCGGCACGUGACUAGCCACAUGGCGUUCACUUGGUUUCGCUUACCCUGUUGAAAUGACCUGAAGCCCAAAUUAAGUUUCAUUCAAGAAAGUGAGUUUGUCCUUGUUUGCUCUACAGCUUAUACCCCCACUUAAAGUAAAACCUAAUAAACUCUGGUUAGAAAUGAGACAUGCAAUGUUGACCCCUGAAUAGUUUCUAACAACAGGUUUUACUGCGAGGUUGUUUAUCAUAGAAUAUAGAUACCAGACAAGUAACAACAAGUUUGACAGUGAUGUGCCAAAGAAAUAUUUGACAUUUGUGAAAGUAGACUUGCAUAACACAUUAAAGUUGUGCAGCAACAUAGUUGUAAUACUCAAUAUCAUUAUUUUUACUUGAUUACACUAUCAGACAUCAAUAUUUUUUCUCUAUUUGGCCUUCAUAUAGAUGACUAUCAAUGACUAUAGUUUUUGUCACAUGAAAGCAUUAAAAGGCAUAAAGUCUAUGGAAACAACAUCUGCUGGAUUACACACUGUGAAAUGGAAUAUUUAAGAAGACAAGAACUUUUUUCUAAAGUGUAGAGAAAAUAAACAUUUCCAGUGACAGACUUUUGCCUCUUUUGUGAGUUCCAUUUGUUAUUAAUUAUCAUUGUCUUUUCACAGCUCCUUGUCAUUGCUUUGAGGCAAUGAUUCAGGACAGGUUCCCAUUCUACCCAAAGGGUGUUCACACAGCUUGAUCAUUUGUGGAGAGAGGGGUGGGGGGCCCAGGCAGACCGUGGACGGGGACGGGGAGGAGCUCAGCUGGAGCCAAUGCAGCAGCAGCAUCGACAGCCUGAGCUGGUGGAAGGAAACCUUCCCGUGUUUGUGUUCCCCACGGAGCUCAUCUUCUAUGCAGAUGAGCAGAUGUCUCACAAGCAGGUGCUCACCCUCUACAACCCCUAUGAGUUUGCCCUCAAGUUCAAAGGUCAGUUUGCAGAAUAAAACCCAACUUUCUCAGAUGUUAAAGUACCUUUGCUAUUAUAUAUGUUAUCGGAAUAAUCUGUGCUUUCUUUUAGUGCUAUGCACAGCGCCAAACAAGUACACUGUGGUUGAUUCCACUGGAGCUGUUAAGCCACAGUGUUGUGUUGAUAUGUAAGUUUGCUUUAAAUGUGUGUGCUUUCCUGUUUUGUUUUUGUCAUUCAGUGGUGCUGCUUAGGAAAAGUUUGUUUCCUUUUGAGUCUUCCACAUUUUUUCCCUUUCCAUUUUUUCAUCAUGUAUAUCCUACUUUGCUAAAUAUUAAAUGCAGGUUUGUACGUCAGUUUUGACUCUCGUAUUUUGAGAAAUAUGUUUUUUAUAUAUAUUUAAAGCUGAUCAAGUGAAGAGUCUGAAUGUUUCUACAUUUCCACACAGAGUAAUCAGACACAGAGAUGUGCGGGCAUGUCAUUAUGGGGUGUACGACAAGUUUCGACUGCAGGUGUCGGAGCAAAGUCAAAGGAAAGCUCUGGGUCGCAAAGAGGUGACGGCAACACUCCGCCCCUCAGCCUCACAAGAGCCGCCCAGCCCCCGACCCCAGGAUGAGGAACGCAGAAUCAAAGAGCAGUUUGCAGAAAGCGAGUUUUUUGAACAGACUGCAUUUCAGACAGGUAGGCUUAAGAGUUGUUGAGUGAUAGUACCACUAGAUGGAGCCAAGCGUUAAGAAACUAGAGUAUAAGUCUUACUACUCAAAGUACACAGUAUAUUUAGACUGCUUUUGUGUCCUAUCAACAUACCUGAUUCUCUAUUCAACUUUUCUAGAAUAAAAUGGAAGAUCAGUAAGUGAAAUAGGUGGAUUGACAAUAACUACACUAACUUAUAUAUGUUGUAAUUGGAUUCUGAUUUAUAUUUGAUGUUGUAUAAAGAGGCGUCUACUGUUUACCUCUUCUGACUGAUUCAGUGUAUGCCCACGUACUAGAUCGAUUUUUGUUAAAAUAUCUACAUUUAUAAUAUAUAACAGAAAAAUGUUCCAAUGCACGCAAACAUUUUAUCAUUGAUUAUUAUUGUACAUACAGUAUGAAGUGUAAGCUGUCGGUCAGUAUUACUGGUAUAUCCAGUGAAAAAGAGCGAGCCAGCUCUGAAAUGAUCUCCUCCAUCAUGGUUUUCUAGUUUCCAAAGCAAUGUUGUAAAAUUAUACACAUUAGGGAGCCUACAUAUAAAGUUAAUUUUAAGGAAACAGACCCAAAGAGAGUAAUAAUUGACUUUUAUAUGAACAUGUAAUUUUAAGUCUUUAUAACAGACUGAAAUUCACUUUAGGCUUUAGGCUGAGAACCAGAAGAGUCAGAAAGAAACUAACACUUCUUUGGUUUUGUACCUGUUCACAUCCUGUUACAGACUUGUAAACCUUUCCGAGUGAUUCAUCUGAUCUCUGUGUUUGCCUUCCUUGCCCAUCAGAGAGCCGCCCUGUUGCCGGAGGCCCCAGUCUGCUGACAGUGCUGCUUGGCCUGGUGUGUAUGGCCGCCCUGAUGCUCCCAACAUUGGGAGAGCAAGAAUCUACUGUGCCUGUCUACCUCCACUUAAGUGUUAACAAGAAACUUGUAGCUGCUUACGUUCUUGGUAAGUAGAAAAGGGAUUAUAAAAGUGAAUUUCUAAAUGAGAGCUACACCGCCUGUUAGUAUACACAUGACACUGUGCUGUUUAGACGGUAUGUAUACACAGAAUCCAAUUUCUUUGUUUUGUUUCUUGUCGUAGGUCUUCUAACGAUGGUCAUCUUACGCACAUGAAGUGCUGUGUGUGAAAAGUCGGAAAAGGACAUUCUCACACUGGAGGCACCGCUCUGCCACACUACUGCUGACAGUAGUGGGAUGGGGCCUCAUUCAGUUCACAUCUUCUCCUGAAAACGACCUUUUAGUUUCUUUUAUUUGAAAAACACGUUUGUCUUCAUAAGUACUGCUGUCCUAUAGCGAACAGCAGAGACCUCUGAUGUAGGUCAAACAUGGUAUUGUGAGAGGAGCUGUUCCUUGGCCUGUGAAGUAACACGAGGCAACUUAAAAGUGCAUUUUGGCCUCAUACUCCCUGUGUCUGUAUUUUUGUUGCCGUUAUGUGCGAGAAUAUGGUCAUCAUGAGUGUGUAGGAAUCAUGCAAACAUGUAUAUAAAGCCAUUAAACUUUUGUUAUGGUGUUCAUCUGUAACCAUCAUUAUAUAUUGACCUUUAAAGCUUUUUUUUUAGUGUAGAAUUCAAGGACUAAAUGCAGUAAUUUGCAUGUUUGGAGAGACCUUAUAUGAAUGACUUUUUAUUUUUCCAGGAUUUGGAUCAUUUGCCAUGUCACCAAAGGUAAUUUCUUCUUUUGAAGACAAUGCUUUGUUUGGCGUAUUAUAUCAGUGCUCCAUCAAACAUUGAAUAAAGUUUCUGUUCGGCUGUCUCUUACUAUGUUCAAACAUCAACCUGGGUUAUUUGUAGUGCACAGGAUGGAGAAGGAUGAUGCCAGAAUCAUGACACAGCUGUGCCUUUAUCCACUUUGUAAUGACGUUGACUGAAAAUGACCCUGUCCCCAUCAAGGCUGUGUGCCAUCAAGUUAGAGAGCUGAGCACAUGAUCUCUGUUUAUCACUGGGUACCAUAGCAAUAAAGGGUUAGUGAUGUCUCA